CGGCAAACAAAACCCCCUCAUUUCUACACUCCGUCACCGGAAACCAAAACCCAAUGGCCUCGAUUUUCGUUCCAGACCCUUCGCUUCUCUCUAACCUCUCGGCAGCUCCGGCGAGUCGUCUGCCGUGCCUGCUGCUUCUAUCUUCUCCCGGCCGGAGGCCGUUCUCGGUGUCCGUCGCCACGUGUCGCGGUUUGGGCAUGCGGAGGUCCUUCGCCGUCUCCGGCGCCGCUAGCGACACCUUCAUGGCUAAUUCGUCCAAAAAUGGAGUUCUUACGGUUGGUGAUUUCAUGACGAGAAGAGAGGAUUUGCAUGUGGUGAAUCCUACUACGACUGUAGAUGAAGCUAUAGAGCUUCUUGUGGAGAACAGAAUCACUGGGUUUCCGGUGAUCGACGGUGACUGGAAAUUGGUCGGUCUUGUUUCAGAUUAUGACUUGCUUGCACUGGAUACAAUAUCAGGUGGUGGUGGAAAAACUGACAACAGCAUGUUUCCCGAAGUUGACAGCUCUUGGAAAACUUUUAAUGAGGUACAAAAGUUGCUCAGUAAAACCAAUGGCCAGGUGGUGGGCGAUGUGAUGACACCAGCUCCAGUUGUUGUUCGUGAAACCACUAAUCUUGAGGAUGUUGCUAGGAUAUUGCUUGAAACAAAAUAUCGCCGACUUCCGGUUGUAGAUGACAGCGGUAAACUGGUUGGAAUUAUUACAAGAGGGAACAUCAUCAGAGCUGCCCUUCAAAUGAAACAUGCAAGUGAAAUGAAAAUAUGACACUCCAGAGCCCCCGACACUAUGACCUAACCUCAUGUUCAUGGAGCAAAUCGUAAAAGGUGAUCAAGAAGCUGAUCCGCUUUAUUUGUAGGUACUAUUUUGGCAAGUGUUUGUAUAUAAACCAAAAGUGUCUCGAAUAUGAACGACACGAGUACCCUCCAUGAUCAAACAGUUAUGCCCCUCACCCAGAUACGAAAGAACAAAAUAAAGAAGGCAUCGAUUUGUGUUGGUCUUUGUGCAUUGGAUUCUGUUUGGACACUCUUCCUCUCGGAUUUACCAUGGCAAGUGUUGGUUGAGCUGAAGUGACUUCCAGAUUAGAGCAUGAUUGCAAAUUUGCCGUACUAGUUGUUCAACCAUAAGGUUGAUUUUGUGGAUGGGGAGGUUGUAGACUUUCUCAUGAUUAUGAUUUGUCAUGAUCCUUCUUUAAUUGAGCUUCCAUUAUUUUGCAUUGAAAAUGUACCAUAGAGUUACCCAAAAUGAUCGUCUAAUUGAAACUAUAAAGAUCUUGCUUUGAUCAC